ACUAUGGGCAUGCGUGUAGACGGGAGGUUAAAGUUCGUUGCCAAGAUGGCGGCCCCCGCAGAUGACAUGUUUUGCUCCUGCCUAGAUCCUCACAAAGUUGCCAGCGGCGUGGAAGUGCGAUUUAUCGACAACGUCAAGGGGAAAGGUCUGUUUGCCAAGAGAAGCAUCAAGAAGGGGGAGGUCAUUUUCAUUGAACGCCCGCUUGUCUCUGCCCAGUUCCUGUGGAAUGCUUUGUAUCAAUAUAAAGCAUGCGAGUAUUGCUUACGAGCUCUGGAGACAGCGGAGGAAAAUGCCCAGAGACUCGCAGGCAAUCCAGCCUUCAGCCUUCCCUAUCCGGAACUUUGUCCUGUCCGACCACAACUCCACCAAGUUUGCCCUCAGUGUCAGGUGACGUACUGCAGUGCUGAGUGUCGCCAAGCUGCGGCAGAUCAGUACCACCGAGCUCUCUGUCUUGGGCCGUCCCAUGAAGACCCACACCACCCCAUCAACAAACUAAAAGAUGCAUGGAGGAGCAUGCACUAUCCUCCAGAGUCUUCCAGCAUCAUGCUUAUGGCCAGAAUGGUUGCUACUGUUAAACAAGCCAAAGACAAAGCACACUGGCGGAAGCUCUUCUCCCACUUCUGUAGUCGCACAGCCAACGAGGAAGAUGAGCUGGCACACAAGCUCCUUGGGGAGAAGUUCAGGAAUCAGCUGACGGUACUACAGAGUCUUUUCAAAGAGGCGCUGUAUGAUGAUCAGCUGAGUCAGUGGUUUCUUCCCGAGGGCUUCCGCUCGCUUUUUGCUUUGGUCGGAACAAAUGGACAAGGCAUCGGCACAAGCUCUCUCAGUCAGUGGGUUCACGCCUGCGAUGCAUUGGUGCUUCCCGCCCAGCAGAGAGCACAGUUGGACUCCUUUAUCGACCAACUAUACAAAGACAUAGAGAGAGAAACAGGAGACUUUCUAAACAGCGAAGGCUCAGGACUCUUUUUACUCCAAAGCUCGUGCAAUCACAGCUGCAUCCCCAAUGCCGAGGUUUCCUUCCCUGACAACAACUUCCUGCUUCACCUCAGUGCCCUCAACGACAUCGAUCCAGGCCAGGAGAUCUGUAUCAGUUAUUUGGACUGCUGUCAACGGGAUAGAAGCCGUCAUAGCAGACACAAAAUUCUGAGGGAGAACUACAUGUUCAUCUGCUCGUGUGUCAAGUGCGUCUUGCAGACGGACGAGCCAGAUAUGACGUCAGAGGAGGAAGAGGACGAUGAAGAAGAAGCAGAGGCCGACAGUGAAACUGAGGGAGACAACAUGGAAGAUGAGAUGACUGACGUGUGAUUUAAAAAGAAACGAAAAAAUAAAUGGCCACAUUUUGGUCAGCCUUUUGACAUUAACCUCAACCAUCCUUGAGCAUGAUGUGCACAACAAUAAAAACAACUUUCCAUAGUCCAUAAGACAAAACUUUUAAUUAGUUUUCCCUUUGUGGAAUAAAAUGUUUGCUCAGUGCA